GACCUAAUAUACGUCGCUACCUGCCCUUUGUCUUCAUACUCUUUGGUUUUCAAACGAUUCCUUCAAUUUGCAGAGAAGCCAAAGGGAAAAGAAAGCAGAAUUUCUACGAAGCUGUGAGAAGCUAAUUAAGAUGAUGAUGAACAGUUAUCAGACAGAUGGAAAGAGCUUGAUGGCUUCUUCUUCCUCAUCAUCAACUGCUGCUAGGGUUAUGGAGAAACCGAUUAGCCAAUCAGAACAACAGCCUCUGAAAUGCCCACGUUGUGAUUCCUCGAACACAAAAUUUUGUUAUUACAACAAUUACAGUCUGUCUCAGCCCAGACACUUUUGCAAAGCUUGUAAGAGGUAUUGGACUAGAGGUGGGACUUUGAGGAAUGUUCCAGUGGGUGGAGGGUGCAGGAAGAACAACAAGAGAAUCAGGAGAUCAUCGGCUUCUGUUUCUUCUUCUUCAUCCUCCCCAGCCGCCAUUGAUGUUGUCUCUUCUUCAUCAACCUCUCCUGCAGUUUCUUCAGCUCCACUGCAAAUUCCGGCUGCCCAGUCCAAACCCCAGAUUAAUCCUUUGUUUUAUGGGCUACCCAUCAACCCUAAUUCUGAGCUCAACCCUCCAUUUCCAAGAUUGUUCGGUUCUAGGGUUUCAAGCAGUGAGAGUUUUGAUAAUAGCAAUCAUGAUAGUAGCAUGAUCUCUUCUUCACCUGGGGUUUUGGGUGGCCAUGGAGAGAAUGGGUUUAAAUUUGUUAGCUCAUCAUCAUCAAAUCCUCUUCUUUCAAGCUACCCAGUAUUUACAUCUUCAUCAUCAAUACUCACUAGCCCUAUUUCUACUUCAACAACAACACUGGCCUCUCUGAUAGCUUCGAGCCUCGAGCAACGAAAGUUCAAUGCUUCUGGGGACAUUACUAACAGAAAUUUUCCGGGCAUGCCAUCUUAUCAUGGAGAAUCAGUAAUGGCAGGGAAUAUGAUUCUUGAAAAUGAGGAGUUCUUGAAAGGUGAGAGCCAAAACAGGUUGAAUUGGAACGGUGGUGUUCCUAUGAACAAUCACAAUCUGGAGACAGAAGGGGUGGGGAAUAUUAACUAUUCAACACCUUUAUCAGAUCCUUCAUUUCCAUGGAAUGGUGGUUGGAUGGAGCCUUCUCUCAUCUAGCUAGCUAGCUAGCCAGGUUUGGCUUCAUCAUAUGAAUCUUCCUUAAAUUCAUUAACUUGGUUUCUUAGCUUGUUGUACUUUAGCCAGAAGGUUGGCUAAAAAAAGGUGUGGGAGGGGAAAAAGUGGUCAGAAAUCGAGAGUUUUCGAGUUAUUUCAUAGUAUAUAUUGAUGGUAGGAGGAUGGAUGUGAGUGAUCAUGUCAGCUGCAAUGAACAAAAAAAAAAAAAAGAUGAAAAUUCAAGCUCAUAUUUUUGGUAAGAUAGUCAAGCUUGAAGAAAUUAAAGUUGCAGGAUUUGCGCUGAGAGGAACCUCGGAUCCUCUUCCUCUAAUCGGCCCCAGUUCAUCAUCAUCAUCAUUACAUCUCAGAAUUGAAGGCUACAUAUGUAUACAUGUAUGCAUUUGAUGAUUUGAAGAUAGAACUUGAAUUGGGCACACAAAUUCUAGUGAAUUAUUACAUGUGAGUGGGUUACCACUAUUGGGUUUAUUUAUAAGUUUCCAUUUAUGUACAUAUGCAAGCUUUUAGUACUAUGAUUAUUAUUUGAAUGACUAGAAAAAUCUAUUGUCACUAUCUGAUGGUGUGAGUAAGCACCACUCUUAUAUAAUAGUCUGUAAAACAACUACAAGUCAAGUAUUAAUUUAGAAUAUAUGUAUCAUCACA